GCAUGCGCUGUGGCAAUGGCUUUGGAGCUUGGGUCAUGGCGGCGACAGCUGUCCUCUACAACACUGUGUAUAGAUUGACCCGACAAUUCCCUGCCCUCCCGACAUUCCCACGAUUGACUGCACUGCAGCCUCUACAAGGCCGAGCUGAACAGCACCGAUGUGCAGCACAAGGAGAUGCUUGAGCAGGUAUGCCUCGGUUGGCUCGUCGCGAAGGCCGAGAUUUCAGGAGGCACAUGUGCAGCUUCGAGUCCGAGAGACAGGCAUAUGAUGCUCGUUCAGUGCCAAGAGAUGCGAACGAAUGCCGCCGUUUGCCCGGAGCGAUACAAAUGGCGUUCCUUAACCUCCCUGGCGGCUUCAUGUAGCAAUACAAAACGACGAUGGAACGGUACAAGACCAAGCGCCAGGAGAUACAGGAUCUGCAGCAGGACCUGCUCAAUCUCGAGCGCUCGCUCUCUCUCGUCAGCGGCGAAGAAGCCAACCGAUCGCAGGCCGUCCAAGCGAUGGAGAAUAAGCUGGCUAUACUGUUGAAGGAGGUCAAGGAACAAGAGGCGAAGCGAGACCGUGCCUACAAGCUGCUAUGCAAGCUCUCGAAGGAGCUGCGAAAGGCCGAGCACACCACCGACGCCACCGAGUCCGAGCUGGACUUUCGGACCCGGGCCGCCAAGGACAUUGGGAGCCUGGUCAUGGGCGAGAUCGGCAGGUUGUCGGAGCAGUACCCCGAGGUUGCUCUGCGGUUCCAGCAGCUCAUCGCCGAGUACCAGAUCCAGCCACCGUCGCGGGUGCUUUCGCGGGUGGCCUCUCGGGCAGACAACAUUGGCGACGACAUGAGCAUGUCGAGCGGAUCGUCCAGCGGCCGCCGAUCCGUGGCUGACGAUCGAGGAUCUGUGAAGGGCAUGUCCCGCUCCUCUUCUAGGAGCUCGACGGGAAUGCGGCUGCCGUCACGCAUCAGCACCAGCCGACCAAGCUCCUCUGGCCGGGCCAUCAAGACGAUGGACAUGAACGGUAUGGUCUCGUCUCGUUGCAUUGUAGGAGGCUGGCGUUGGCAGUCGCGGAUGGUAUGGAUCGAGGUGCGAGGGAAAGCCGCAGGGUCGAUGGAUCGAGGAGCCGGGAGAGCAGGCGAACAUGCAGCCAGACGACAAACGGGAAAGACAUGGCGGCGGGUCGGACAGGCGAUUCUGCAUGUUGCACGGACUGAGGCAAUCGGCGGCUGGGAUGUUCCCCCCCCCCGCUCUUGCGAGCUGGCUGGCCAAGUCGGCAAAGCAUGAAUUGCGUUCUUGCUUGGCCAGAGAGCACCGAGGAGCACCGAGGAGCACCAAAGAGUACUAAAAGAGCACCGAGGAGCACCAAAGCGUACCAAAGAGUACCAAAGCGUACCAAGGGCCAGUCGCAGGCCGAACAGAGACUUGAAUUGCCCCUUGCAGCCUUCCAGCCAGCCAGCACUCGGGCGCCACCCAUUCCCAC